AUACGCGUGAGCAGAUUCUGGAGCAAAUCAAAGUGCAAGGCGAUCUCGUCCGACAAUUGAAGGCAGCGAAGGAGUCAAAGGAAAAGAAUAUUGACGAGGAUUAUCAAACAAGUCAAGAUCGGAGUCAGCAUAGGGAUCGGACGGCGGAGAAGCAGCGCCGAGCAGAGUCCUGGGCCAUCUGAAGCGGUGGCCAGCAUGCCGGAGACGCUGCCCGCUACUGCUACGGUGACGGCGUCGAGCAUCGAUUGCACCGUGGCGGUGCUUAAGGUGCCCACGCCCACCCUACAACUGCCAGAGGUGUGUAAUAUGCAAAGUCUAGGGCUCAUCAUGGAGCCCAAUAACAUCAACAUCGAACUAAAUCCCGCCGCCCUUGUCACACCCGCCAUGGAGCCAGUGGGAUUUAAGAUGAUGACUAUGGACAUUACCAAAACCGAACCCGGACUAGUCGGGCUUUCCUCCAACCAACAGCAGCAGCAGCAGCAACAGCAGCAGCAGUCCCAGCAAACCAACGCCGGCAUGAACAGCGUUGGCCAGAACAACGGGCCCAAUCCCAAUGGCAAUGGGAAUGUGGUCAAUGUGGUCAAUGCCGGCGGAGCCGGUGGCGGCAACAAUGGCAACGGGAAUGUCCAGAGCAUUGCCGCUGCUGCCAACAAUAAUAACAAUAACAAUAACAACGGUAGCCAAUUGUGCGCUGGCUGUGGAAAGCAUAUACAGGAUCGUUAUCUUCUCCGUGCCCUGGACAUGCUGUGGCACGAGGAUUGCCUCAAAUGCGGCUGCUGUGAUUGUCGUCUCGGAGAAGUGGGCUCUACGCUGUACACCAAGGGGAAUCUGAUGCUGUGCAAGAGGGAUUACUUGAGAUUGUUUGGCAAUACUGGUUAUUGCGCUGCCUGCAGCAAGGUGAUCCCUGCCUUUGAGAUGGUGAUGCGUGCCCGGACCAAUGUCUAUCACCUGGAAUGCUUUGCCUGUCAGCAAUGUAACCAUAGAUUCUGCGUGGGCGACCGAUUUUACCUGUGCGAGAAUAAGAUACUCUGCGAGUACGACUAUGAGGAGCGUCUGGUCUUCGCCUCGAUGGCCAAUCAUCCGAUGUUGAAGCGUCAUGUCUCCUCUUUGGGCCAAGGAUCACCGACUGGAGCGGCUGGGGCACAGAAUACGGCUGGAGGAUUGCUAGGCGGUGGACCUGGCGGUGGAAAUGUGAAUGGUGUGGGCAUGGUCAAUGGACCGAGGACACCAGGCGAUCAUAAUAACAAUAAUAAUGGACCACAGACACCGAGUGGCGGUGGUUCACCGUUUGCAGCAGCCGCUGCUGCUGCCGCCGCCGCUGCUCAUAUGAAGAAUCAGCUGGGAGCGUCCAGCUAAAAUAAAGCCCUGGGCAUGGGCGCCGCUGGAGGAGCUGUUGUGACGGGAGCUGGUGUUGGAGUUGGAGCGACAAGUGCUCAGUUCUACUCAGGAUUUGGACUGCAGCAUCAGCAGCAGCAGCAGCAGCAUCAGCAACAGCAGCAGCAUCAGCAACAACAGCAGCAGCAGCAGCUCAUGGGUUUGGGCCUGGGAAUGGGUGGCAGCGGAGGAGGAGGAGGAGGAGCAGGAUCCGGCGGUGGAGCAGCAGGAGGAGGAGCAGGAGGCGGAGGCGUUGGCAGCAUUAGCAGCGGCUGCAAGCGCUACCAAAGAAAGUUCUACAAUCGCAACUGAGAGAAAGUAGGGAGGGGGGGGUUUUGGGGGGUGUGCUAGGGGGGAAAGGAUACAGAAAUCGAUAUUCAAAUCUUCGUUCGCUUUGACUGAGUUCAAGUUUUAUAGUUUUAAAGGCCUAGUUUAGUUACUAGUUAGACUAAACAAGAGUACUUGCUGAAUUCGCAGACAUUUUUGCAUCCUAACAUUUAAGAGACAAUAUGUUUACUUAGUUCUAUUCUCGAAGUUAAACCAACUUUGUUUUUUUUAUUAACUAAGAUAUAUAUACUCUUUUUUUUUUUUUUUUUUGUGUUUCCCACUUAAGACCUGUACAUAUUUUCCUUGUAAACUGUUGACUUUAUAGAGAGAUCCUUUUUUUUUUUGAUAUAUAUAUAUAUAUACCUAUAUAUAUAUACUCCACCAUAAUAGAUAUAUUUGUAUUUAUCUAUGUAAUAUGCAUAAAU